AUGAGCGACGAGGCGGCUGCCCAGGCGACGUACGGCCACAUCUCGAGCUGGGACGUGAGCCGUAUCACCGACAUGAAGUGUCUGUUCAGCGCUGACCCGUGGUGCGAGCUGUACGGCGGCGGCGGCUCCACGACCGGCAAGGACAUGGGCAACCCCGACAUUGGAGACAUCUCCUCGUGGGACACGCCUGCAGUCGUCGACAUGAGCCGCAUGUUCCGCGGCGCCUCCUCUUUCAACAAGGACAUCUCCUCGUGGGACACGUCGACUGUCCGCUACAUGGACCACAUUUCAACGGCGCCUCCUCUUUCGACAAAGGACAUCUCCUCGUGGAACACGUCGGCGGUCGUCUUCAUGAGCUACAUGUUCCAGGGCGCCUCCGCCUUCGACAAGGACCUCAGCUCGUGGGACACGUCGGCGGUCGGCGACGCCUCAUCCUCCCUCAGCGACUGCAACAAGGCGCUCAUCCACGCCGGCUUCGACGCUCAGACGAGCGCGUGGCCCUACUCGUGGGGCUCGCUGCCGGUGUGCAAGCCGUUUUGUGAGGACAAGACGCAGGCCUGGGAUGACAAGUGCACCUUGGGGGGCUGCAACGGCUGUGCACCGAGUGCUGAGGACCAGACGCAGGCCUGGGAUGACAAGUGCAACUGGCCACCGUGGGUCUGA